CCGUGUGGCGCUAAAUAUUUGAAUCUUUUUUAGUAUUUUUCAGAACGGCAAUGCUUGGAAAACAGCAACCUUUGUGGAUGGCUCUCAUUGCUGGAAUUGUUCUCCCAGCUCUUCAUCCAAUGGCCUCCGCCACCACGUGCUUCAGCCGACGCUGUCUAGCGUCCCUCCUGCUUUCCAACACCAGCGCGUAUUUCAUUCCAUCUGCUGAUGACAGCGGCUGCUCCGUGCAGGUUCACACCAUGAUGGCGGUAUUUGAAACUCUCAAAGUGGACACACGGGAUCUCUUCUUUGAUGCUAUCCUAAGAAUGAAGCUGAUGUGGGUCGAUCCGUCUCUGUCUUGGAAUUCAUCUUAUCCUUUUAACACUAUGGCGUUACCUGUGGAUUCCGUCUGGACGCCUAACCUCACAGUGAGAAAUGCCCUCAAGCUGGAGAAACAAUCGGAGUCUUCUCACGUGCUGGUUUUCCGUAACGGCACAGUGCUGUAUAAUUACGUGAUGUGGAUCACGGUGGGCUGCGACAUAAACCUCUACAAAUACCCUUUUGCUAGAGACUCCUGCCUCAUUGCCAUAAGCGGAUGGAACGAAGAGGACUGCGGGGUAAUGCUGAACAUAAGGGAUGUCCACGUGGUGGGGAAAGAGAGAGGAGACUGGAAUACUGAAUCAGUCACAAUCGGUCAACGUGACGGCCACAAAAUCAUGACGGUUUCCCUCUGGACAGAUGCCUACAAUAUCGUCUUCUCCCUCAUCAUCCCCAGCUUCAUGAUUCUAGCGGCAGACAUCAUGGGCUUUGCCUUGCCUGUAGCCGGCGAUGGAGAGCGUGUCUCAUACAAGGUUACGCUGCUGCUUGGAUUCGUUAUGUUCCUGCUCAUCCUGUCUGAUAUGCUGCCUGGGGCGCCUUUCUGUAUUCCCCUCAUCAAACAUCACUUCAGCAUUUCACUCAUCUUCCUCGUGGUCAGCACUAUUGAGACUCUGCUGGUUACUUACCUGGCCACAAAUGGACUUCCAUGCUUCAGCAGCUCCUGGGCUCGCAGCACACACCCUGUAGUGGAACUCCAAGAUCAAAGAAAGGAACCGCUUCACAAUGGCGAGGAGUGCCCAGGUGUUGGUCAAGAUUUGCCCUACAACGUUCCUUCAUUUACACUGAGCAACCAGAGACUGAGCCGUUAUGUUGAACUCCAGGAGCUACAGCACCAGCAGACAGAAAGAAAUAAGCGAUUUGCAGUGAAAGUGGACAGGGUCUGUUUCGUCCUGUAUUUUAUUGCAUUUCUGAUGUAUCUAGCGGUUAUGACUUACAUGUGCAUAAAAAGCGAAUGUGAUGUUAACCACAUGAACUUUUGAGACUUGAAAUUACCCUGCAAAAUUAUCACUGGCCUUUAACCGUUGGACUGAACUUUUAAUUCAAACGAUUCUGCGUGUGACUG